AUGUUCAAAUUCUUGGUCUUCCUCGCUGUGCUGGCUGUUGCAGUAGCCAAGCCUCUAGUGUACACCGCCCCAGUAGCAGCCGCCUACACAGCGCCUGUAGCCGCUGCCUACACGGCGCCAGUAGCUUAUUCAGCGUACAGCGCAUAUCCUCCAGUAGCGUACUCAGCAUACACUUAUGCUGCCCCAUACUCUUACUACUACUAA